ACAACAGCUAGGUUUGCCAAACUGAGGAGCCUUAGGGCCCUUCCAAGGAAAUCCAACAAGUCUUCCCUCCCUCUCUCCAUUUCUUUCCUUUUCCUUUCAUUUCCUCUCUCCCUCUAGAGUCAAGGGGAAAAAAAAAAGAAAGAUAAAAAUUGCGGUCAGUCUGGUCUAGUGGUAGACCGGUAGUAGUUCCAAAUGCCGACAUCUUCUAGAAGGUCCAGCGGGCCGGUGUUGCCUAUAGCGUCGGCGUUUCAGCGCUCCGUGUCUCCGUCUGGCCGGUUUUAUUCCCCGCCCACCGCCUCCGACAAGUCGUCCUUUUCUUCAUCCACCUCUUCCAGCUUUUGCUCCUCCACUUCAUCCAGCUUCUUCCACCGAUCGGCGUCUCCCACGCGCGUUAACCUCCACGGACUGGCUCCGAUUUCUCCGACGCCGUCGGUACGGAUGUCCAUCGACAGAUCCAUCUCGCCUCGCCGGUCCGUGGCGAUGUCGUCACCUCGGGACCACCACCACCAGGUGGUUCGCAAGCAGAGCAGCUGUAAGAGGACCUGCUUGUGUUCUCCCACCAGCCACCCAGGUUCCUUCAGGUGUAGUUUGCACAAGAACUUAAACAACUCGCCGCCGCCGCAGCAGCAGUCGCCGUCCUACUCGUUGAAGAAUCUGACCAUUCAGAGAUCGGCGAUGAAGAAUUCGCUCGUCCGGAUCGGGACAGUUGAAGGCGAUUUGGUAAAGCGAGCUUUAGCGGCUCUGAUUAGGCCUUCGUCGCAUCAGAUUCGCCGCCGCAGCGAUUUCCAGAGAAGGCCGAGCCGGCUCUCAGCCAUGUCCAAAGCCGGAGAUCCGUAGACACAGGUUGGUCUGACAAUUUUUGAUAUUAUCCGAUAAUUUUUGUCUGCCAGCGUUUUCCGGCGAAGAUGUCGGUGCCGAUGAAGAUAGACGAGAAACCGGCGGUCGGUUUCUGUACUCCGGCGAUUCGAAGUACCAAAGGAAACAGAUAGUAGCAGAGUUUUGAAACAGGGAGGGGACCCCAAGUGAAAGUGAAAUCUAUCACUUCCUUGUACAUAGUGAAUUGCUUGGAGCUCUGUGAUUGCUAGUAUUGCAAUUGUUUGGAGGACAUUUUUGGACAAAACAUUGAACACGUUACAUUGAAUUUUGGCCAACUAAUGCCAAAACAUUACUGACAAUAACAAUAAUAUUAUUAUAAUAAUGGGCAAAAAAAAUGGGGCUGGUGAAGUUGUAUCGUUCGUUCCUUGGUCAUUUGAACUCGAAUCAAUUCGUCCGGAUGAACUCCGUGUGCG